AUGUCGACAGAGAGCCUGAUCCGCAUCACAGUGCUCGCAAACCGGAACGCCAGGAUAUCAGAAGAAGAGUAUCACAAGCACUGGGCAGAGAAGCAUGCGCCUCUUGUCUCCGCAUGGCUACAGCGCCAUGGUGUGGUGAAGUACACUCAGUACCACACUACGAGCGCACACAAGAAUCUCACCAGCCAGAAUACGUUAUCGUAUGAUGGCAUGGCAGACUUCUACGUAAGGAAAUACGAGGAUUUCGAGGAGGCUUACAAGGAUCCGUACUACAAGGAUGUGGUGAAGCCGGACGAGGAGUAUCUGUUUGAUGUCGAGAAAAUGCGGGUCAUGGUCGGAACAGAGACGUGUGUGAUUGAGAAUGCGAAGAUUGUGGAAGGUCGUGGUCGGAAAGAUUGA